AUGGAAGCUCUUUUAGCUCCUGUUCCUUCAGCUCACUUUUCAAUAAUCCCAACUACACAUCAUAAACCUUUAUCCUCGAAACCCAGGUUCUUAUCUCCCAAACUCAACGCAGUUCCAAUUUUAUCAAUCUCACCAGGUAGCAACAAUAUAUCAAAGUCCAAGGUUUUUAGCACCAUAUCAUCAUCAUUCCCGGUUUCAGCAGAGGAAGAGCCUGAAACUGCUGAAAAAGGUGAAGAAAAGAAUUUUGAUUGGUCUUCUCAGUGGUAUCCAGUGAUGCCAGUUUGUGAUUUGGACAAGAGAGUGCCACAUGCGAAAAGGGUGAUGGGACUUGAUAUUGUGGUGUGGUGGGAUAGGAAUGAGAGUGAAUGGAGAGUAUUUAAUGAUGCUUGCCCUCACAGGUUAGCUCCAUUGUCUGAAGGAAGGAUUGAUCAAAGGGGGAGGUUGCAGUGUGUGUACCAUGGUUGGUGCUUCAAUGGCUCCGGAGAGUGCAAGUUCAUCCCUCAGGCACCACCAGAUGGGCCUCUGGCUUCACGUUAUCAUGGCAUAACUGAUGAUCAUUUAGAAUAUGAUUGCUUAGAAGGAAGCUCAGGAGAUAGUGAUCGACUAUAUUUGCUGCAAAUUGUCGGAUGGGAUUUAAUUUCGGUUAUUUUCCAUAGAUCUGAAAGUUGUUUAACUGACAUUUCCAUGCCAUUAUUCAGUCCUGAAUACAAGCAUAUCCUUUUGACCAAGCAACCUCCAUACAUUUCAGAAUUGGAUGACCCAUCUUACACCAAAGUAAUGACAGCUAGAGAGUUUCCUUUCGGUCUUCCAUCAAAUCAAGGUAAUGUGGCUGAUCAGGUUAAUGGAUCAGUAUCAUCAGAUGGAAGCAGUAAGGAUUCCUCAUCCCAUCAAAGAAGAGAGCUUCUAGUUUUUUUCUGUGUUCCAGUUGGUCCUGGUAAAAGUAGGUUAAUAUUCACACUCCCACGAAAUUUUGGAGUUUGGUCCAACCGAAUUAUUCCAAGGUGGGUUUUUCAUCUGAAGCAAAAUCGGAUUCUUGAUUCAGAUUUGUAUCUUCUUCACAUACAGGAGCGUAAGAUGAUCGAUGUAGGCCCUAGCAAUUGGCAGAAGGCUUAUUUUGUGCCGACAAAGUCAGAUGCACAAGUGGUUGCUUUCAGGAAGUGGUUACAGAAGUACUCAGGUGGUCAAAUUAACUGGGGAGGUAAGUUCAGUGGAGCACUGCCCCCAACUCCUCCGAAAGAACAAUUAAUGGACAGGUAUUGGUCACAUGUAGUGAACUGCAGAAGUUGCAGUCUAGCAUACAAGGGCUUCAAUGCACUUGAGAUCAUGCUGCAAGUGAUCUCCAUUGGCUCAAUCGGAGUUGAUGCUGCAACCAAGCAGAAUCUAAUAGUUUUAACAAAGGAAGAACCUGAAACUGCUGAAAAUGAAGAAGAAAGGUUUGAUUGGUUUUCUCAGUGGCAUCCAGUAAUGCCAGUUUGUGAUUUGGACAAGAGAGUGCCACAUGCGAAAAGGGUGAUAGGUCUUGACAUUGUGGUGUGGUGGGAUAGGAAUGAGAGUGAGUGGAGAGUAUUUAAUGAUGCUUGCCCUCACAGGUUGGCUCCAUUGUCUGAAGGAAGGAUUGAUCAAAGGUUGCAGUGUCUGUACCAUGGUUGGUGCUUCAAUGGCUCUGGAGAGUGCAAGUUCAUCCCUCAGGCACCACCAGAUGGUCCUCCGCAUGUUCACAUAAACAAUAAGGCAUGUGUUUCUUUUUAUCCAAGUACAGAGCAGAAUGGGAUUUUAUUGUUUUGGCCAAACUCUGAUCCUCAAUUCAAGGAUAUUCACUUGAAGAAAAUGCCUCCUUACAUCCCAGAAUUGGAUGACCCUUCUUACACCAACAUGAUGGGAAAUAGAGACAUGCCUUACGGAUAUGAGAUCUUGGUUGAAAAUCUGAUGGAUCCAGCUCAGGUCCCCUAUGCACAUUAUGGACUGCAGAAAAUGCCCCAACCCAAAAGUAGAUGA